AUGACGCCAAAGACGGAGCGUUCACUCUCGGAACCUUGGAGCCCAGCCGUAAAAAUGCCACUGCCUGAUUCCGACUCCGAUGAUGAUUGGGAGGAAGGGAGCUCUGAUGCCGACCUCUUUGCGAAUUCCAGCAACAUCUACUCUUCCUCUCCGAUCAGGACUGCGUCACCGCGCGGCGCGCAAUCCACUUGUGCCGCGCACGCCCAUACCUUGGCUGAGAAGAUUAAUGCUUUGGAUUUGAAAGCGAAGGAGUACUCUCUCGCCAGCAAACUCGUUGCUACAGAUAACAGGGCGAGCCAGGAGUUUACACUAGUUUACCUCCAAGAUACAAGGUUUAAUCCUCGCGAGGCUGCCGUUCUGGAGGAACAUUUUCAGGCAAAGGUGAGGAGGGUCUACGAGGCCAAGUGUCAGGACGACCUCACCAGGGCAAGAGUUGAGAAGGAGCACCGGGAGAGGUUGGCAAGGGAAGCAGAAGAGGCUGCUCGAAGGGCCGAGGAAAUUGCUAGGCAGCAGGAGAUGGAGAGGCAAAGGCACGAACAGGAAAGGAGGGAGCGGGAGCGGAGAGCAGCAGAGGUUGCUAGGCUUGAGGCAGAGAGGGUGAGGGCGGAAGAGGAGAGGAAACGUCAGGCGGAUCUGGAGAAGGAAGCAGCCCUCAAGAGACAGAAGGAUGCGGAGGAAGCGAGAGCGAGGGCGGAGCGGGAUACUAGGGAACGUGCUGUCAGGGAAGCCGCUGCCGCUCUACAUGCUGCUUCCCGUCCUGGUCCGCGGAUUUACGGUAGAAAAUCUACGACUUACGAGGGAGUUGAGAUGCAGAGGGUUAUCGCGUCUCUACAUCAGUUGCGUCAUACCGUGCGCCAGGAGGACGCGUUCUCCAAAGCAAAGAAGUUGACUACUAUCCGCCGUGGAUUGCGUCCCAAGUUUGGUCAGCUAAAUGGCGAGAGAGGUCAAACUAUCGAAGUUGUAAGUAUCCCUCGUUCUAUCGUGUAUAUGUGAGUGCAAAAGUUAACAUGCAUUGUGACUUAGCGUGACUUCCUUAAAAAUACUUUUGUCGAACUUCGCAGUGAUCAGGGGGGACCAGUGGUUUCGGCCAAUGAUUUCUUCCUCAACCAGGAUCCUUCCUGCGAUGUUCCGGUCCCGGUCGCUUUUGUCUGGACUGUCAAUGAGCUUGCUAAAUUGCUUGUCAUGCAAGUCAUAAAUGAGUGCGCUAUGAAGCCCGGAACUGCGGAUCCGAUUGGGGUUGCAGUAAUCUCUACCUUUGCAGACGAACGCUUGCUCGUUAAUGGCCAUUCAUUUAUCGACAUUGUCAUUGCUAGACUGCUGAAGAAGAACCCCAUCUUGACGGGCGAACUCGGCCCUGAAGCUACCGAAGGUGAUCGCAAGAGAUUAGGAUGGAUCCAAGAGGAAGAUGGGACCUGGGAAUCCGAGGAAAACCAUGUCAACCGUGUGGUGGGAUUGACGGCUGGAUAUACUGCUAUCGCUGGAAGGUAUGUUGCCCACCAAGUUCUCCCUGUCUGUGGUAGUUAGUUGGUAGUUAACCUCACGGCGCCUUUCUACAGAAACUUUGGAAAUUCAAAGUUGGUAAACCCAUAUCCGAUAUUCAACCUCUGGCACGCCGUAGCCACCGUCCUCAACGCCCCUGCCGAUAAGCUGACAAACACACACUAUUUCGUCAUGAAGACCUUUCUCGAGGUUGGAGCGAAAAAGCUUGUCGACGUUUAUGGCCACCAGGCCAAGAAACUGGUCGAACUCGCCGUUGGCGAUUGGGCACUCAGAGGGGAAACGCAGGGCUACUCGGGCGCCGUCUCGGUCAAGGCGUUUGGCAAAUUCUUGAGGAACGAGGAGUGGUGGAAAAAGUCUUGAAGCAGGGAAAGGGGGUUUAAGAUCUUCAUUCCAGACAUUUUCGCUUCUCUCUUUGCCCUUUUUAGCGAUGGAUGGGUGUUGUAGCAUAUCCUUGUCGAUGAUCACGACAUGACUUGUUUGCUUUUCGCUUUGUUCCUAUCUUUGCUGUUGUAUUCUCUCGUUUGGGUUUGGGUUUGCUCUCUUUUCGCCAGGUCAAGUAUCAUAGUAUUGUCAUGAUGUACAUUAGAGCUUUUAAUGUAGAUUGCGGGCUGCGGGAUCCUACGAUGCAUUUCUCUUGCUUUUCUUUAGAAAAGCUUUUACGCUUUGUUAAAGUUCAAGUUGUUUCUCCAUCACAUGUAUUGUUACAGUACAGCACAGGAUAGUACGGGCCAAAAGUUGGCUCUAGUGUGCUGCCGUUGUGAUGCCGGUGAGCUAUGUAGCCCAACUUGGUGGCAACUCGACAUGUCAAUCUAUUAUUACUUGUAUACUGGAUCGUUUGGUACUACUUGUAGUAUUAUACCGCUAUGUCCCGGCUCUGACAUGGCGUAGUCGAAAACUGCGCCUAGUCCUACAAUCUCAUUAGGAGAGAAGGAAAAAAGUAAGCUUGUCACGCCGGAUGGGAGAGUUCUUCUUCUCUGAACUUUGUAUCCGCACGGUCACAGAUACCGUGGGUUAUUAGAUAGUUAGAGUUUUUCUCACAAAAUUCAUCCGGUGUUCAAUUUCGGCGCGCGUGGAGUCAGGGGAUAUUGAGUACGGUAAUUUCUUUAUUGAUAAUGAAAUCGUUAGCAUAACCUAUUCCUACAUGUCUUCCCUGUUUGGAUAAAUUAGCUUUUUUCUUUAUUUAUUUUUUUCCUCUUUCUCUUCGAACGUGGUUGAGCAAGUGAGGCGGACAGGGAAUCAGAUGUAGCAGAGGAGCAACCUCGCCAUUCGCAAGCUUUCCGCAUGGUAAAGA